CCAAUUCAAUCACCAUGAGUUGGAGCUUCCUGACUCGCCUGCUGGAGGAGAUUCACAACCAUUCAACGUUUGUGGGGAAGAUCUGGCUCACUGUGUUGAUUGUCUUCCGGAUUGUCCUUACAGCUGUAGGAGGAGAGUCCAUCUAUUAUGAUGAACAAAGCAAAUUUGUGUGCAACACAGAGCAGCCGGGCUGUGAGAAUGUCUGCUAUGAUGCCUUUGCACCCCUCUCCCAUGUGCGCUUCUGGGUUUUCCAGAUCAUCCUGGUGGCCACUCCUUCGGUGAUGUACCUGGGCUAUGCCAUUCAUAAGAUUGCCAAAAUGGAGCACGGUGAAGCAGACAAGAAGGCAGCUCGGAGCAAACCCUAUGCGGUGCGUUGGAAACAGCACCGGGCUCUGGAAGAAACAGAGGAGGACCAUGAAGAGGAUCCCAUGAUGUAUCCAGAAAUGGAAUUAGAAAGUGAAAAGGAAAAUAAAGAGCAGAGCCCACCUAAACCCAAGCAUGAUGGCCGACGACGGAUUCGGGAGGAUGGGCUCAUGAAAAUCUAUGUGCUGCAGUUGCUGGCAAGGACCGUAUUUGAGGUGGGUUUUCUGAUAGGGCAAUAUUUUCUGUAUGGCUUCCAAGUCCACCCAUUUUAUGUGUGCAGCAGACUUCCUUGCCCUCAUAAGAUAGACUGCUUUAUUUCUAGACCCACUGAAAAGACAAUCUUCCUUCUGAUAAUGUAUGGUGUUACGGGCCUUUGCCUAUUGCUUAACAUUUGGGAGAUGCUUCAUUUAGGGUUUGGGACCAUUCGAGACUCACUAAACAGUAAAAGGAGGGAACUUGAAGAUCCGGGUGCUUAUAAUUAUCCUUUCACUUGGAAUACACCAUCUGCUCCCCCUGGCUAUAACAUUGCUGUCAAACCAGAUCAAAUCCAGUACACCGAAUUAUCUAAUGCUAAGAUUGCCUACAAGCAAAACAAGGCCAACAUCGCCCAGGAACAACAGUAUGGCAGCCAUGAGGAGAACCUCCCAGCUGACCUGGAGACUCUGCAGCGGGAGAUCAGAAUGGCUCAGGAACGCUUAGAUCUAGCAAUCCAGGCCUACAGUCACCAAAACAAUCCCCAUGGUCCCCGGGAAAAAAAGGCCAAAGUAGGGUCCAAAGCUGGGUCCAACAAAAGCAGUGCUAGUAGCAAAUUGGGGGAUGGGAAGACCUCCGUCUGGAUUUAA